GCAGGUUGUACUUCCCUAGGAGCUUUCCUGCAUUCAUCAUUCAAUUUUUGGAAUAUCUUACACAUGAUCCAGGCAGAAAGGCUUUCGUGCACAUGCAUUCUCAGAAAUGCCUUUGCCAGCAGUAUUGGUGUCUCAGAGGAGUGUGAAUGUUGGCUUCUGCUUGUGUUUUCUGCACUAAAAUAUUCAUCCACCCAUUUCCACCGUACAUCCUAGUGCACCAUCUCAAUGUGUGAGAUAGAAUUGCUCAUGGGCAAUUGGGAAGAAGUGUUGUGUCCUUUGGCAUAACCUUUGUCCUGCUGUACAGUUGUGGCUUCUUUCUUCUCUGUAUCCUGAGCUUUGCUUUGCACAUGCUGUGGUUAUGGAGCACGUGCUCUUUGUGGCUGUCACAUAGGAAUACUUUUGUCUCCUUGCAGGCUGUGUAAGGUUUUUAUAAUGGACAAAAGCUCCUGAGGAAACCACUGAUUUAACUCAGCAUAUUCUGUGAUGCACUUAAAAUGUAGAAGAAGAACUAAAAACCCCCUCAGUUUGGAGAAUGAAAAAGGAGGAGUCAGGCUAAGCUAAAUGUAUGGGUCUAUGUUGUGUCGAAUGCUGCUUCAGCUGUGUGGCAGUAACUGCAAAGAAGACACCUCACACAGCUUCAGCAUGCACAUUUGUUUCCACCACUACAUUUGUAUGAUGCUGGAAUAUGAAACAAGGGCAAUCUUUCAAAGCAGUUAUCUACAGUUCCACACAUCACUCUUGAGCUGUGAGAUGUAUGACAAAAGCAGUCAAGAGCUGCUGUCAGUGUGUCAUUUCACCAAAUUCUGCUGCCUGUGCUGCUGCUCCCUCAGUUUAAAAUAGUAACCUCUAUCCUGUUGCUUGCACCAUGCAAGUCCCUAACCAUCAGUUUUGUCCUCCUUUGUGAUAGUUAGCAACUGCUGGUAAGAUUGUGUCAUUGCAACCGGGCCUUUUCCAAAAGCUCCGUAAAGUUGGGUUAUUUUGGACUUUGUCCAAAAGUGGAAAAUCAAAUUUAAAAACAGUAUUACUGCUCCAACAUCACUCAGAGUUGGGAUAUUUUUUAUAUAUAUACUAAAUAUGAAACAGGCAGGAGUUGUCUGUUGCACAUACUUUGCCAGUAGAAGAAAAAUGAGAAUUGCAUACUCAGUGGAGGAAAAAACCCCAGACCUUUGGGUGUCCUCCAGUUCCUGCCAGUGGGAGAAAAGUGUUUGUUUUAGCAUGACAUAGAAUAGAUGUAAACAUUUCUUUUUAAACCUCCAUGUGUGGUCACCUCAGUUAUUCAGGAUGAUGUAAGCCACUGACUUUCUCCCUUAAGUGGUUAUGGAGUUACCCAAUAUUUUUUUGGGGGAGGACAGGACAAAGAUAUAUUAGGCAAUUACAUGAUUGAUUAACAGGGUAUGGAGACAGAGUAAUUAAGCAUAAAAUAAGUGCCAGAGAGUGCUGAGUUACAGGGAGAAUCCUUGGGGUCAGUUUAUGAUUGUGGUUUCUGUUCUCUGGAGAGGCUGAAUGUUAUCUGUGCCAGACAGCAGCCAAGGAAUCAGAGGAUAAGAAGUCUAUACUGUGUCUAGUUUCAGCUGAGAGGGGUAGUUGCUUGGGCUUUCUUGGUUUGUUGGUUUGCUGUUUCUGACACCCCACAUCCUCCUUGGUAAGUGUAGCCCUUUUUCAGUACAAGUGAGCCAGAGGAGGAACUGUUGAAAUGCACCUGUGGAGCAAACCUGACAAGAUCCUGAGGGAUCACUGGGCUGUGCUGGCUGAUGGUGCUCAGCUCAAUGUUUAGAGGUGCUCUGGGAGUGCCUUUGCAGGUGAGGAGCCUCAGACCCUUGUGCCCUUUGCUUAGAAGCUUUUUUGUUUGGGCAAUAUUUACUGAGAGGCAUAAAAUAUGCCACAGUCUAAACUGAUAUUUAAUGUUUUGACCAUGUAUUUAAUGUUUUGGUUUUUUCCUUAAGUAAUUGUAUGCUUCUCAGUGUUACUUAUUAAUGUGUUUUCCUCUUUCAUUCCCCAUUAGCUGUUUUCAAUGUUUCUGAUGAAAUCCUCCCACAUUUCCAGUGAAAAUGUUCAUAAUGCCCAAGUAGCCACAAGUGACCCAUAAAAUUUUAAUCUGUAAAUGGUAAAAGAACCUCAACCAAACAAAACUCCAUUAGCAAAACACAAGAAAACACACUUUUUCUGCCUUGUGAAUGACAACUUCAUGAGUGAUAAUGAAUAAUAAUGAAACUAAGGGUUUUCAUCCAGGUAAAAGAUCAGCCAAACGUUAGUGGCUGCAUCUUGGGUGAUUUUUUUUUAAAUUUCAUUACAUGAUAGUAAAAAGUGAGGGCUGUCAUUCAGGUGUUGUAGAUUCUUGCUGAGCAACUGUGGUGUUUAAAUGUGUCUCCAUAGAACAUGACCAAAGGCUUUCUUAGGUGUUACACAGUUUUAGCUGAAACUCUUUCCCACAUUACUGAAUGUCCCAUUGAACAUGCAGAAGUCUUGUCAGGCAUAGUUCUUAACCACUAGUUUCCAGGAGGAAGUUGGUAUAAGUUCCUAUAAGUGAGUAGGAUGAGAGCAAAAUAAAUGAUGUCUUAAAUUAAUUAUUUCCCUUUUCCUAUGUCCUUCUUCCUCCCUGACCUUUCCCACCCUACAUUAAGGCUAAGGGACUCUCCAAGAAUUUAUUUCACAAACAAACAGCUAUAAAUUCUUUAAUACUUAUAAUUAGUUUGUUUUGAUGUCUGAGAUAGUUUUGGCCAGAGCCUUCCAGCAAAAAUACUGCUGCCCACAAGAUAACAAUUCCAAGUUCUUGACUGGUAUAAGAAUUCCUCUCUGCUUAGUAAGCUGUUGGUUUAGACUCCACUUUGAAGUUACUUAGACCACCACUCCAAGCGGUUCUUGGUCCUUUGGGUCCAGACACAUCAGCUUCUUCUCUUUGGAUAGGAAGAAAGGUCUGUUUUUUCUCCUCUUUCAGAGAUUUGUAACACUGGGUUCAUAGGUUGCAUUGAAGAGAUGGGUGUGGACCUCCUGCCCUCCCGUGCCUGCCCUCUCCUGCCAUCUAUGUGGUGGCUCUGUGGGGUGGAGGGACAAGAAGGUGAGGGGAAACCCCAUCAGCUAAAGCAGCAGCCCCUCUCUUCCCUCCCUCUUGCUCAGGAUAUGAGUGACAGGCCUCUGAGUGAAAGGCUAAUGUGACAAGAUACAGGAUUUGCAAAGUUUGUUUUCCUGUGGGAGCACCGUGGAGGGAUGAUGUGUCGCACAGUGUUAGUGCAGAGGUAAUAUGAGGGAGCCAUUAUCUAAAAACCAGAAAGCUCCUGCUAUGGCACAGGCAUGUUUCACAGAGUGCUGCACAGAGAGGCCUUGGGAGAUAGCCUGGGAUGCUCACAUGGGUGAAUCUGGCCACAAGAAAUGCAUUUGACCUGCUGCUGACCGUGGCUGGCUGCUGAGCUUGGGAUGGAUGUGGUCUGUGUGGGAAAUAAAGCUUUUAGAAGGUUGUAGAGGAGGCUCAGGUCUCGACAUCGUGACUCAUUUUCCCAGUGGUUGACCAAAACGGGGGAGGUGUGAUGGGAAGCUGUGAUGAGAAGUUCUCCUGCUAUCAUUUCUUUAUCAAGAAAUGUCAGGGAGUGAAAACAAACAUCACCAGAAGUUUGAAGUUCAAAAAAACUGAAUCGAGCACGGUAACCAAAGCACAUGGCUUCUCCCAGAGGUCACUCCUGCAAAUGUGGAUUUUUCAUUUGGUUUGUAAUGAAGUAUUUGGUGUGUUUUCAAAAUGCAGAAGAUUUUUGACACCCUCUGGUCUCACACAGUGUUUGCUGUUCAUGUACCUGGCUGUGACGAGAGACAUCUUGGCUGGAGUGACUUACUCUGGCAGUGUUGUCUCAGGGCAGGAGCUGUAACGUGAGAAUUUCAUCACCCUGAGUAGCUCAAUACAAGCGUUUUGGGUUGGAUGUGCAUAACAUGCCUACAUUUUAAAAUGAAGUGGAAGUCAGUUAUAAAAUCACAAAAAGCUUACAAAAGCCAUUAGUGGGAGAAGAGAUGCUGGCAAAACAUUGUUCUCUGGUUGCUUUCCAGUACUCUUGCCUAGUUUGCACCCCUAAGACAGAAUUCCAGGUGCUGCCCUAGUGGAAGGUGGCACACUACGUGACCCCAAAGGCUCGUUUCCAUUGGUCAAAGCACAGGCCAAGCAACAUUUCUGUUGUUUUUCUCUAGGUCCUGAGUGAUUUCCAGUGGUGACAAGUUAUUCAGUCUGCUGCCACCUUCUUCCUUUGCUCAAGGUGCCCUUGCUGAGCACCUCAGGCAGUUUUGGCAUUGUCACAUUAGGGUGCCUGCAGAAGGCAGUGUUGUGUUCAACAGGCUUGUGCCGCUUUUGUACUAGAACAAAAAUAAGAAAUUUUCCUGCUAAGUAAACAGGGUUUUUUGGGCAAGAGGUUCUGUCCUCAGCACUAGGUCUGAUUGUUCCUUCUACUUUUUGUGUCAAAUCUGGUUGAUUUGAGCUGUUUCUGAUUUAUGGUUGAAAGGGUGAAAAUAGGAACUUGUUGAUGAAGAUGAUUCAAGCGAACCUUUGAAAAAAUUAAUAAAGGCCAAAGAAACUAGAGAAGUAAAACCAGGCACUAAUUCUUUAUUUGAGCAGUGCUAAACAAAAAAUAUAUGUAGUAAAUGUGUAUGUGUUUUGCAUUUGUGUGGGGUUUCAUAUCUCAACCUACUGUCUGGAAACUUUUAAUAUUAUUCUCCUACAAGUUUUCUUGACAAUGAGCUGUAGGUAACUGUGGGAUGCUUAUGAUCAAGCUGCUGCUGUAUUACUGUGCUGUUGUAUUUUGGGAGAGCAGACUGCUUGCUACACAUGGGUUUUCUGUUCCUUCUGAGACCUCCCACUCUAAAGCCAAUGCACGUCACAUCAAGUGGCUUUCAAAAUUAUAUGCUUGUCACUAGAUCCUCUUUUCACUGUCUACUCAGUUCAACUUUUAAGAACAAUGUGAAAAGUAUUUUUAAAGGCUGAAGAUGCUGCAAUACAUAAGCACAGGUAGAUGUAAUUGUUGAUUGGUUUGAGAACUGGAGCCAUUGUGAGGUAACAGAUACACUGAUGUAUUUAAGAUGAAAAGUUGUUCUUCAAGUAGAAAUUGUGUUAUGUACUUGGACUAUUAAAUACACACUUGAUUCAGAAAUGCACAAAGCACCAUUUGUGCCACUUAAAGUUCACAUGGAAAAGCUGAAUCAUCCAAGCCAUCUGAAUGAUGCACACUAUUUGGUAGUUGUUUUCUUCAGCAGGCAGCUGGUGAUCUCUCUUCCUGUAUUCAGGGCAUGGGUGGGGGAGGAAAAGGAAGACAGAAAGGAGUCUCCGGGUGGGGGGGAAGCUAUUGCUUCAUGUGUGCAAACCUUAUGGUUUUCCUGAGAUCUCUCUAAAUUUGUGGUAAGUUAAAACUCUAUUAAGAGGAUUGGAGAGGCAAUAUAUAUUGCAACGAGGUUAUAAAGUGUUUUUAUUUUAAAGUAAUAAUGCUUUAUGAACACUUAAGGCAUGAUUUGUUUAUUGUAAGUUGUAUUUCAAGCAGUUCUUCAUGGGGGAAGACAUGGGAUGUGUGCUAGGGCUGGGAGAUCCUUCAGACUUAGUGGCUUCUGUGUCUCCUGCUCCCUCUUGAAAUAGGGAGGUGAACUGUGAGAUUCAUUUCCUCACACACCAGCCAAAAAAUGGUAACUCAAUUUCUCUCGUGCUGCUCAUGUUGUAAACUUAACACCCAAGUUACAUUUUUGCCUACUGAAGCUCCGUGGUAGUGAAGUGCUGGAAAACCUCCCAGGUCAGGAGUGGGACGGACACGUCACAGGGUUGGGGGGAGCAGUAGUUGUGCAGAAAACCCCACAGGUACUCCCUGCAGCUACAUCCUUAGUUUUCUACAUUUAGGAUGUAUCUAUUUUUCUGUGGAUAUUUUGUUUGUAUUGACAUUGAAGAAGAUUUUUUUCUUGUUUUUUAAUGAUCUGUCUUUAUUACAGUCUGUCUUACCUAUUUAGAUGGUAAGAUUUUCUUCUUUUUUAGCAAGCCUUGUCUUGUAGUUUUAACUUCCUGAGUGUGCUGGGUUGGGGACUUAAUUGUUCUGCACUGUACUUAUUAGUACAGUUGAAAGGGUCUACAGAGCAGCAGAAUGGAAAAAGCAAUGCAGAGAGGCAUUGCUCAGAUCUUGUUUGUCUGACUUUUCUUUGGGGUUUUCUUUUUUCCCAUAGCUAAAGAGAGACACAACCAGCAGGCAUUCAAAACUCCUUUUGAGUCUAAACCAAACUGUGUGACUCUGUCAGUGUGAGUAAUGAACUGCCUAGGAACUGAUGGCAAAUUACUUGUAUUUUUAACCAACUCAGAACAGGAAAAAAAAAGUCUGGGGCUCUGGUUCUUAGCUGAUUCUUCAAGACAGCCUCUCAUUAACUGUGCAAGGGGGGCACUUCCAUUCCUUUUGGUGACUGCCAUUUUAGGGCUGGCAGUGCCUGCAAUAACCUGAAGUAUUUACCACAGCAGGGAGUUUCAGCGAAGGGGCAACCAACAACCCCUCUUGCUUAGAAAACAUUGGCCUUUGAGAAAAUAUUAAAUCAAACUGUGUUGCAUAGUCUUAAGACGACUGUGUUGGUGUCAUAAGAACAAACAUUAAAGGUUUAUGUAAGAAAUUUAUAGGUCAAGAGACAAUAAGCUUAAAUUACAGCAUGGAGCUUGAAUUUGGUUGAAAAACCUGAUGUCAAGGAGAGUUAAGCACUGGUUUAAGAUGCUGAAGGGAGUUGUGGGACCUCCAUUAUUUGAUGUCUUAAAGAACGGGUUAGGCAGCCUCUGUCAGAAGUAGUCCAAGUAUAAUUGAUCCUGCUGGGAGGGACAGACUUAAUGAUCUCUUGAUGGCUCUACAACCUUGUGAAUUUGCAGAGAUGUGAGCAGGCUGUAUGUGAUUGCAUCCUGGUACAGUUCAAGUGCUCUCUGGCCCUCCUGGAUAAAAGCCACCAUGCACACUUCACCAUACCCUAGUGAAAUUUGGAGGUUUAGAGGACCCUGAAGCAAUCAAAUGAAUGCAUGAGAAGGAGCAGUUCAGGGGCACCACACAGGAAAGAGAGACAGGGAGCAGUAGCAUUCAGAAUCACAAAUUUUGCAGUUUUAGUACUUCUCUAGAGUAAAAUGAUCAUCAAAAAUUACCAUUGUCGUUCCUUCAGUUGAGGCACUUGCAGAACAUUACAAAACCACCACUUUUUGUUUUGAAGAACUGUAGGGGUUUUCCUCUUAAUUAAAGGAAAUUAUUAGGAAUAGUGCUGCAUUUUUGACAAGGGAAAGCAUAUUGGUAUCUCUAAAAUAUAGUUUGGCCUUAUAAAAUCAAGGCAAUAGAUCUAAAAAAAUCUGCUCUUUUAUACUGCUUCCUGAUUGAGUUGAAAGACACAUCCCCACAUCCCUUUCAUUUCUAAUGUAAUUUUUAAUUUUUAAUGUAAUUUUUCCUUUUUAGAAAGGAAAAUAACCUGCAGACAGGUAGGGCAGCUCUGUGCUUAUGGAAGUAGCUUGUUUCUGAAUAUAAGUUCCUUGUUAUAACAAGCUGGAAAAAGGAAAAAAUACCCACCUUCAUCUUCUUUCAACCAGUGGGUGGCCCAGGGGUAUGAAUUUUAUGGGGAGACACAUGGGUGGCAUGAUACCAAGAAAUUAAUUUCUCAUGCAGUGCAAAUCGUCAGUGGCAAGAGUCUCCAGAAAGCAGCACCAGAUGUCGUGAAUAUUUUGACAUUCAAGUCUGUAGAAAGCUCCAAAGAGGAGGAAGUGAAAGAAUGGUGGCAAGUCUCUUGCAAGCAAUUUUAGGGAUGUGGGACUUCAUUUGCACAUGAAUGUGACAGCUCUUUUCAGCAAAAAGUAUGGUGGGAAGUGGGAUAGACUUUGUCUUUACUACCACUCGAAGGGCUGAGCCAUCUGCUUUUCCAUGUCAUCAAGGAACACUGCCUGGUCUGCUGCCUUUAUCUCUUCUGUGGAAUAUUUACUCUUUCUCUUUUCCAUUGAGCUUUGAAACCAUUCAUGGAAGCUGAUGGCAAUAAUCUUGUUCCUUUGCGUCAGAAGGCAAAAAAGAAAAGUCAAGGGUUCUUUAUAAUGAGCCGACGGAGGAUAUCGUGCAAAGAGCUGGGGCAAGCUGACUGCCAAGGAUGGCUCUACAAAAAGAAGGAAAAAGGAGCUUUCAUUGGCAACAAAUGGAAAAAGUUCUGGUGUGUGCUAAAGGAGUCAUCUCUGUAUUGGUACAGCAGUCAGCUGGCUGAAAAAGCAGAAGGAUUUAUAAGACUUCCAGACUUCAGUGUGGAUCGAGCAAUUGAAUGCAAAAAAAAGCAUGCUAUUAAGAUCAGCCACCCACGGAUCAAGACAUUUUACUUUGCGGCAGAAAAUGUUCUGGAAAUGAACACGUGGCUAAGUAAGCUGGGAAUGGCUGUAGACCCUCUGGCACCAAACAAGAAGAACGAGGAAGAAUGCUACAGUGAAAGCGAACACGAUGAUCCAGAAAUAACAGACACUCCACCUCCACCCUACAGAGUCCAGACACCACCGCCUUCUUCGCAGGAUCAGCAGAAGUCAUCAUUCACCUCAACCCUGUCCAGUGAAGCAUCUUGUUCUCUCUCCUCUCCUGAAAGCACUUUCAACUCCCAAGAAUCAUCAUCUUCCUUGGCAUCCAAAGUGGUUUACUCUGAGAGGCAGUCCUGGCUUGACCUCGUUACCAGCUCUGCCACAGAAGAGGGUGAUCAGCCUUUGACCUUCUGCGUACAGAUUCAUUCUGAUGAGCUGCCAGAAGUGGGCUGUGGAGAUGCAGCACAAAACCAGGAAGUCCAGCUUUCUGAACCCAAUGGUGGAUUCCAAACCUCUCACUUAAGUGCAAAUACCCAUUGUCUAGCUGUGCCGGAUGGAACAGGACAGCGAUCACUAGCCAAAGACCAGGAAAAAUGUGACGAUGAUGAUGAGAUGGAGCGACUUUACAAGUCCUUGGAGCAAGCAAGUCUGUCUCCCAUUGGCGAUCGUCGACUGUCAACUAAGAAGGAGCUUAGGAAGUCAUUUAUCAAGCGCAGCAAAAACCCCUCCAUUAACGAGAAACUCCACAAAAUUCGAAUGCUGAACAGUACGUUAAAGUGUAAGGAACAUGACCUGGCCACAAUUAACCAGUUGCUAGAGGACCCAAAUUUGACAGCGGUGAAGUACAGAGAGUGGAGGAGCACGAACAUCAUGCUGGUCCAAGAUAUUUAUCAGCAGCAGGAGGUCCAGGACAUGUCCACAGAGAACAGUGAGGAGCAAGAGGUGACUCCACAGCCAAUCACUGACAGUGCUAUUUGACUGAUGGCACAUGGCAAGAUUUUUCUUCACGGGUCUUCUUCACAUACAAGCAAUUUAAGCUGCUGUAUCUUGAGAUUUGUUUUUCGCAAGUGUGCUUCAGAGGAAAACAACCCAUUCUCCAAAGUUUUGAAUGGUCUUGCAGAACUCAUUUAAUGUAAAAAGAGCAGGUUUCCCAGACUUGCCCAAGUUCCCCAAAAAGCACACCUGAACGUGGCCUGCAUAUAAGAAGAUUAUUUAACAAAGCAGUGAAGAAACAGUUUUUGGAGAAGAAAAUUAUGUGUGUUCCUGGAGGACACAGAACUGUGUAAUAUGUACUGUAUAAAUAUGAGAACCUAAGGAUUGUUUUAGCCAUACAACUUACCUUGAAAUGAAGCUAAACUGAUACCAACAGGAUGUUGUCUACCUUUUUACCCUCUAAGGUAACCCGAUGUACAGAUUUUCAUCUCUGGACCCAUUCACUUUCACCACUCUAUCAAUUUAAACUAAGACUAAUGGAAGAGUAAUUAUGCAUGAGUUGAUGCUGUAGACAGCUGCCAGGCACCCAGUUUGGGCUCUGCCUGAUGUUUUAUGAGUUGCAAAUUUAUUUAUGGUCCAGACCAAGAAGGUACUGUCUUUCUACAUGAAGAAGAGGUCUCUCAGUUUUUGCUAACAUGUAAUUUACUCUUCAGUGAGACAAGUUUCAACUUUUCUUAUGGACUUGGCUGAAUUUCUUGGAAGAUUAUGUUUUUCUUUCUUAUUUUUGACAAUUGGGACAAUAAGGUACAAGUUAAUCCCAGAGUCUAACUUAAGGAAGGUGAUUGUAUCCACAAGCUAGAAGCUAAAUAACUAUACUCCUAAUGUGGAGUAAUGUGGAGACCUGGAAGUAUAAAACAAAGCUGCAACUAUUUUUGUAAAUAUAUGUAAUUUUAUGGCUUAUAUGAAUGUGACUAUGUACUCUAUAGAUGUUUUAUUUAUAUAUUUAUAUAUACUGAAUUUCCUAAUAUAAAUAGGCACAUGUGGACCAAGCUCACCCAGCUGCGCGUGCUUACAGAUUGACUUGAAAUGCCUCUAUGUUUUGUGUUCCAUUAUAGAUCACAGUAAUGGCUCUACAGCUGAGACUACCGUGAGACAUCUGCUGUGACUCUUUCUCUGCUUUUCUAGCUUUGAGUUUUAGAUGAAGAUUUUAGGGUCUGAAAAAAGUUUUCUAGAAAGUUUCAAGAUUUCCCUUUGGAAAAAAAAAUAAGACUUUUGCUGCAGGAUCAUGAUUUUUUGGCUUCGUUGUCCUCAGUACAAGGUUUUGGGCUUUUGCCUUCCCCUCCUCUGCAGUAUAAGGAAUUUUUUAGAGUGAUGAAUUUUGAAAAGCAGGAAUUAGUCCAUCAUUCCAAAAUUAAUGCCACUACAGGAACUGCAACCAUCUGCACUUCUGUUCCGAUUGCAUAAAAAUAUUCUUUGUCAUUACUUUUCAAUACAAUUAAUCUUUUAAAGUAAAAUACAUUAUAGAAGUGCGGCCAUAUUCAUCUGUCUUUAUACAUUUUAUGUUUUAUCAUAGCUUGAUUGAGAAAACAAAAGAUAAUGGUGUUAGUGGGAACAUAUGAAAUCUUUUCCACCUGUGUAGUGAUUAGUUUGACUGUUGAUAUUGCAUUUUUAAUACUCAACAGCUUUCCUUUUAAAAUAGAGGCAAGGAAAUAGAUGAAAAAUGACUAAAUGGGGAAGCAGAUACAAAACCCCGUAUGGUUAAAAAGGUAUCCUUUUCAGGAAAUCAUCGUAUGAGCUGUGAUUUCAUCACUUCUCUAAUUCUAAUUAGAAGUUAAGGAAGCUUAAUACUUGGUACAGUUUGGAUUGGAGUAAUUGCAUCUUAAAAAUGGAGCCCAUUUUUAGGUUGAUUUUCUUUUUUUAAUAAUUCUUCCACCAUUCCCAUUGAAAUGCUGUCAGUUAACUGCUGAGAGCACCCUGAAAAUUAGGAGUGUAGGGACUAAUCUGCUUGGUCCAUCUCAUUUUAAACUACCUAGUGCUAAGUAAUUGAUAAGUAUUGGAAGUCAAAUUACAUGUACAUUUUCUAUCACAAAAUGUGAUUUCUAUCUUUCUCACAAAACAAAGCAUGUAAACACAAUUUUCCUUCAAAAGCAUCUUCACUUAGAUGUUGAAAAGAAGCACAUGGUUAAGUGGUUGUUGAGCUGGGGCAGAGAAGUCAGUGCCUUGCAGUUCUGAGCAAAGUCCAAGUCAAUUCCAUUUGCUGAAGUAGAUUUGCAGUAUACAAAGAAAAGCCUAUGUGGCCUGUACAUGCUGUGUUGGCUCUUUUCACACUGCACUUGUAUAAGCAUAUACAAAACAGCUUUCCCAAAUCUAGAGACAAAGAGAUGCCCUUGGACUGCCCAAACUCUAGUGCUGGUUCUGACGGAUUACAUAGCCUAAAAUUGCUUUUAAAUUAAAUUACUCUCUUUCAAAUGGUCAGUACAUACUUAGUAUUGAACUAUUGAGGUUUUGGAGACCUGCUGAGAAUAGGCUCUAUCAUCACUUAGAAAAGAAUAGAAAAUACUUAAAUGGGGUUACCUUAAUCCCAGUUACAAAUUUAACAAAUUUCUUUGUUCAGGAAAACAAAUGUCUGGGUUUUAUGCAAGUACUGUGAGGGAAGUUUAGCUCCACUCAGUUACUAUUUAGACUCAAAAUAAUGGAAAGUGUGGAAAAUGUGAAGUGAAAAUUGCAGUGAAACAGGAUUAAUUUUCUGGCAUUGCUAAUUACUGUGACAGGUUUUUUGCCUGGGUUUAUCACAAGGGGCUGCCCAGCAGCAUGAAAGCCAUAACUGGAGACAGAAUUAUGCACAAGCUGACAGCUACAGCGGGGAGCCACCUCUACAGGAGAAAUUUGGACAAGUCUGUGCUCUGCUCAGUGAUGCUUGGAGUAACUGGUAUUUCUUGGUCUGGAUUUGGAAGACCUGCACUAUUGACUCAUAGCAUAGGGAGCUGUGCAUCCCUAGUGUGUGAAUGCCAAGAAGUCUUUCAUCAUCUGCCUCAAGGAACACGUUUUAUACACUUUUUUGGGAGAAGUACAUGUGUGGAGAUAUGUGCACAUGCACAAUUUUUCCUCUGUCAGUAAAGCCAGUCAGUUGGUGUGGCAAGACCAGCAAUGGAGAUUUUGGAGUUCCUGGUAACAAUAUCUAAUUUCAAAUGUUUCUGCAGCUUUUCUGGAAAUCAAAUCCCUCUGUUCUGGUGGUGUAAAUCUCAUGAGAUACCAGAAUGAGGUGGGAUCGCAUUUCCUUUCCUAUAAUGCAAGAGAUUUCAUGUGGGGAUUGUGAAUAAUUUUUACAUCUAGCUCUGAUGAUUCAAUCAAUACUAGGGUUUCACCUUGUCAUGGUUUUAAGUGCAGCUGGAGAUGAAACACCUUGCAGUUGCUUGCUCACCUUCCCCUCCUUUCCUUCCCCAUCCCUGUGUAUUGGGGAGCAGAAUUGAAAUAAAACUUGUGUGCAGAUUCAAGAACAGUUUUAUAAUUUAAAAUAAAGUAAAAUACAACAAUAAUGGUAAAUACUAACAAUGACAAUAAAAAGGAAAGAAACCCAAACAAGUGUUGUACAACACAAUUGCUCACCACCCACUGACCUGCCAGACCCCUCUUCCCAAGCCCAGAUCAGGCCCCCCUUCCAGGCAGCUCCCCCUGGUUUAUAUACCUGGCAUGACGUUCCCUGAUAUGGAAUAUCCCUUCGGUCAGUUUGAAUCACUGGUCCCAGCUAUGCUCCCUGCCAGUUUGGGUUUUUUGUGUAUUUCCUCACUGGCAGCGCACAAGACAUGGAAAAAUAUCCUUGACUUAGGAUAAACAUGGCUUAGCAAAAAACCAAAACACCACUGUGUUAUCAAUACCAUUCUCAUUCUGAAUCCAAAAUAAAAUGCUGUAACAGUUACUGAAGAAGAAAUUAACUCUACCCUAAUUGAUAUCAGGAAAAAACAAGAAUAAAUAAUGUACUACUUCUCUUUUUUUGCAAAUAAUUUGAAUUUUGGAGGAAACCAUCAUACUGAGAGAAAAGGCUCAGAGAAAGGUUUGGGACAGUCAAGCAGGGAGGGGAAGAAAAACAUGGUAUUUGACUUAAAACUCUGUGGAAAUCCAGAAUUUAAAAUUAUUUCUAACUUGGAGAAAUUAUGUGUGUUUUACAGCUAUUGUGUGAGCCUGUAAGCUUAUCUGUCUAUUACGGAUUUAAUAUGAAAACCUGUAUUUUUAAACUUUUCAAGUGGCAAAGGAGCCCGUGUAAGCAUAUUUUUAUGAGGGGAGCUCCAUGUACUGUGAUUGGGUUUUGGGCUUUGAACUUUUUUUACUCUUUUGCUCGUUUAGCCAUACAAAAGUAACCAAUUGUAACCAUCUGUAACCAAGUGAGGGCCCGAGUUUACUUCAUUUAUACCAGACAUGUCUUUCUGCUAACAGGAAGCCAAAGUGGUUUUCUUAUAGUAGUAGAGCCAAAGUGGAAUUUCCUGUUUUGUGUGGGGCAUUUCAAAGCAGCAGACAUUUUAAGAUGUCAGUGAGAAUUUCCUUGAUGCUUGAAGAUUUAUCCCACUUUGGCUUUCUUCAAGCUGCAACAUUAUUGCAUUUUUUAAAAACUGCCUUCAUUCUGAACAGCAACAAAAUUUGAGGUGAAAAAAGGAAAACAGAACAGAAAAAGCUCAGAGCUAAGGUCAUGCUGAAAUUCACAUCUCUGCAUAGGGUAGUAGGAGCUGAGCUUGCCAAAAGCCAAGCACUUAAAAUUUGUAAGGUGUUGAAAAGAGUACUACAUUCCUUGACAUUUGCUAUGGGAGAAGUUCCAAGACCUGUCUGCUCCGGAAAAAUGAAUAUUUUCCUAAUUUAUUUCCUCCUGAUAGAAAUCCAGAGGGAGUGGUUUAUAAGAUGGCAGCAGGUUAACGAUGAAAUAUGCACAUAAUUCAUUGAUAGCUCAACAACCUUGAUGUAUGAUAUGGAAAUUGUUGACUUCAGAUCACUCAGCCUGUAACACAGAAAAUCCAUUUCUUUGGGAAAGCAUUGUAGCUACCAGUGUCUGAAGCUUAUGCACCCCAUCCGGUCCACAUGAGGUCCAUUUUGAAAAUGUAGGUGAACAGCCUUUCUGUGGAGGAAAUAGUUUGUAUCAUCAUACCAUAGUUUAGGAACCACUCCCUGUGUCCUAGGUGCCUUAGGACCUGCCCAAAUCAUUCUGACUCUUGAAGCUGCUUAUGGCAGUUUCAUCUUCUCCCAGCUAAAAAUAAAAAGAGGAUAUGAAAACACAUCUCCCACUCCCACAUGAAGAAACACUAGCACCAGUCUAGCAGAGAUUCAUGUAAGUCACCUUAUUUAUGAGUGCUUAGCAAAAUAAGUCACCUGGUGAAAAGCCGUUUGUGCAUUCAAAUAGCAGCGCUCUUGUGCUAAGCUUUCAGUGCAGGGGACUGGCCCAGAGGAAGAAUGGGUGUGUCUAUCCCACUGUGCUCUGUGUAGAGAGGAAAAGUCAUGCACACAGGAAUGUUUGCAAGGACUUCCAUCAGGCAGUGGGAGGGCCUGCAGCACCGUGAAGGUACAUGGAAUCCAAAUUCAGUAUUUUAUCUGCUGAGUCUUUUUUUUUUUUUUUUUUUUUUUGUCUUCACUGGUUUAAAACUCACAGCACAAUGUUGGCACUCAGCGCUGCCUUUUUACUGCUUGUUGCCUACACGUGUGAAUUGCUUUUCAUGGAAUGAUACACACAUCUUGCAGAAUGAGAGCCUUAUGUUUGCACUUGUCAAUUAAACACUGAAAUGAGAGAAUAUUUUGCUCAGCCUUUUUUUUUGUUUUUAUUUUCACUGCAGAUUUUUCAGUUUACUGCUAUUAAAUAAAAUAAAUUCUUUGCCUGUUCUUUAAACAAGCAAUCUUCCUGUGAGUCUAAUAUUACUGCUAAAUUGUAUAAUCUGGAACCAGCAAGACUCAAUGAAUGGUUUGACUGAGGAAUGCCCUCCAAUAGUUCCCAAUGUGAUAUUUGAAAUUGCUUUUAAAUUAGUUAACUCUAUUUAAUUGCUUAUUGUAGGCACCCUUUAGGAAGAUUAGCCUCUUCUAACAGGUAUGGAAUAUUACUAGAUUUUUUUAAGCUCAGAGAGCAACCUGUUUAAAUUAAAAGAAGAUGGGUAUUUUUGUCAAAAAGGUUUCAGUUUAGCUGGUUAGGCCAGCCAGGAAGCAGUAUAGUGGAGGUGUGUUUCCUAGGAAAUGAGCUUGUCCUAAGGGCUCAGCUGAAAAAAGAACAUCCCUAUCACUGUCCCCUCUCUUUCCCCAACCUCCUACAUGCUCCCACUGCUUGCCUUGGGCUAAUCAGCUCAUCAUUUGGAACUUCUGUCAGCUCAGCCAAGUC